AUGGUCCGAGUCUGCAACCGCGCCUUAACCGACUUCUGUCAUAAUCAUUUUGGUAUACAGAUACAUCACGGCCCCACAAGUCAUGCACUGGAGACAGAACGCGUCGAGAGCUCGUCCGGGCCUGCGCGCACACACCCAUGUUUAGCAGAUUUGAAACCAACAAUCGUUGGUCCUAGGGUAGAACACAAGGACGAGUUCACCUGCAAAGGAGGUGUUGAUGCUGGAAGACUCGUCAAUCUAGCUCGUAAGGGUUUGUAUUCGACAGCAAAGGAGAUGGGUGGUAAUGUUCUCCUGGAAGAAAAGUUAGCACAUCCUCUAUCUUUAUACCAGCGCCGCGACCAAUUCAAGGUCACAAUUCAUUAUUCAGCCACGGUGGCUCGAUCAUGCUGGCCUGAUGCACAGAGACCUGUUGAAAUUGAAGCAGCCAAAGGUAUCAAGGGAUUAAUGACUGUUAUAGAUCGUCAUCCGGAAUUUUGA